UCCUGUUUUUUCCUGCACAUCCUGGUGCUCAGUCAGGCUCUACUAAGCCCUCCUCUAAGUAAACACUUGGGGCAAAUGAUUGUGCAGCUAAAGCUAAGCAUUCCUGUUCUACCGUGCCUCGGAAUAUUUACAUUUUGUAUAAAAAUGUUAAAUAACAUGCCAUCAUAUUGGUUACCUCAGACAGUUUUAAAAUCUUAUUGAGUGUUGCCGUGUCAGCCACCUGAUCACAGCAGCUGUAGAUAAUGUGUACGGUCACAGCGUAGUUGUUCUGCACCUCAUGUUUGACAAGGGAGGACUGUAGGGCCAGCUUCUCACAAUAUCUUCUAGCACUAAGAGACAAGAUCCAAAAAGGUCUUUCAGUUCCUAAUGGUUCAUCAAGAAAGUAAAAGUGAAUGUCUCAGACUGGUGGUAUCCAGAAAUAGACAACACUGUCUAAAUACUGACACACUGUCAUUAGGACUAAUAAUGUUAUGUAAUUGAAAGAGUUGUCAUUAUCACUCUUUCAAUUAGUUUAGUCUAUGAAAUGUCAUAAAUAGGGGGAAAUGUCCACCAUAGCCUCCUAGAUUCUACCAAAAGUCCAAAAUUCAAAGAUAUUUAGUUCACUAUGAUAUCUGACAAAGAAAAUCAGGAAACAAUCUCAUUUGAGAAGUUUUAACCACAGAAUGAUUGGUAUUUAUUUUUUGACUAUUUAUGUCUGAACAAUUCUGAAUUAAUCGCUUAUCAAAAUAGUUGCAGAUUAUUUGUUCUGUUCACGGUUCAGCUCUACUUCUCAUGAGUCCCAGACAGAUAAAGUUAAGCAUUCAAUGCCAAAUGACAAACUAAGAGCUCCAACAAGUACAUAAUACCUAAGAAAAUAUACGCCCACUCCCCACCCAUAGUUGUUUGCCUGUGUGCAGUAAUGUCUAAGUGGCUGAAUGAUGGUGAAGUGCUGGUGGGUCAAGGCAGUGGUGAGGCAGCACCAGUGAGCCCCAGACUGCGAGGCCUUCCACCGGGGAGCCCCAGGCCGGGCCGGGGUGCUUUUAGUCCUCUGGCUUCACCCAGAGCCAGAGAGGCAGUGCCAGGAAGCCCGCAGGCAAAGACCAUGGGCAAGGCCAAGGAGCUGUUUGUGCUGUGUGACAAAGAGGGGAAAGGCUUCAUCACAAAGUUGGAUAUGCAGAGGCUGCAGCUGGAGUUGCCGCUGUCUCCUGAACAGCUGGAGACGGUGUUUGAGAGUCUGGACCGAGAGAGCAAUGGAUUCCUUACUCCUGUCGAGUUCAACACAGGACUCGGUGAGUUAGUGGGGCUGGAGGACUUGACUGAGCCAAGUCAUAAUGAAUCAGACGAGGAUACGGACCAGGUGGACUGCUCCCAGGAACCCCCUGCUGUUAGAUUUGUAAACAUACUGAUGGAGCUGGGAGCGGACAAACUCUUCAAGGAUCAGCAGGAGCUCUCUUCUCUGUGGUGUGAACUCCAGAGGGACAGACCAGAGCUGCUGAGUGUCCUGGACAGCGUCAUGAUCCACGCAGUGUCGCAAUUACAGGACUCCAUCAGAGAGAGAGACAGUCUGGAACAAGCUCUACGCAGACGGGAGACUGAACACGAUGAGGUUGUUCGAUCCAUAUAUGAAGAAAUGGAAAACCAAAUCAGAGAGGAAAGAGAGAAACGGCUGGCUGAGGACCUUAUUGGACAGAAGCAGAGAGGACGACAACUCGAGGAGGAGCUGAAGAUGCGUGAGCAAGAGUUGGAGAAUACACAGACCAAACAGAGAGAGCUGGAAAUCAGAAUCCGGCAGCUAAGCUGUGAACAGGCAAACAUCAAGGAGCAGAACCAGCAGCUGCAGAGCCUCAACAUCCAGCUACAGGAGCAGGUGGAGCGCAGCAGAGAGCAGCUGCAGGCCGCUCUGGGUCAGCUCAGCCUGCUGCAGGUCAGCGCUGCCCAGGAACAAGUGGCCAGACAGAGAAACGUGAUGAAGGUGUCAAGGAAUAUGCAGAAAGAGAAGGACAGUCUCUUUAGACAGCUGGAGCUAUUGAGGGAUAUGAACAAAAGGCUGCGAGAUGAGAAGGAUGCCCAACAGUCUCAGAAGAGGGUUAGUCACGUACGCUCUGUCCUUCCUCCUCUGCCUUUAACUUACUAUCUCAGUGAAGACCUUUGUACCCCGUGGACACAGCAGAUUUAUCCAACCUAAGCUAAGUCUUGGAAUGGCUUCACACUUUACUCCUUCCUGUGGACAAUGAUUAUUUAUAUGGGCAGCUGUUAUUGUUUGGUUAUAGAUUGAUCGUGUGGUCAUUGACCCCGUUUGGGAUUUUGCGAUGUCAGCAAUGUUUUUCUGUUUUGUUUUGUAGAAGUAGUCAGUGAAGUGAAAUAUUUUGUUGAAUAGACAUUUAUUCUAUCUGUGCCAAUUUAAAGAAAAGAUUGUUUUAUAUGUUUAUUAAUGACACUUGUAGAAAGCACUAUUUAUGAACUAAAGAGUGUCAGUAUAUACCAAACCAAUAAAGCAUUGUGUUAUGCUUUAUUAUUGGCUAUGUUUUUUUAUUUGCACUAACAAUAAUCUCUCUUGAUCAAAGUUUCUGAACAAGUAAUAUACAAAGAAUACCAAAUAGUCUUUCAAGAAACCGCAUUGACCGUUGCACGGUAAACACCUGUUGAUUAUUUCUUGUACAUUUUGUCUUGCCAUAUCAUUUAUAAUCAAACGAGGAUAUUGCUGAUAAAUGGUUGUGAUAUUUAACUACUUUGUAGCAGAAUAAAUGUCACUAUUGGACAAGAUUUUUGCCUUUUUAACAUUUUUCAUUUCACCUUGUGAAGCAAUUUGUAUUUCUAUAAAGAAUACAGUUAAGGUCCCUCG